UCUGUCUUCUCCGAACCAUGUUAAGUUUUGUGUGAUCAAAACUCAACAUUACUCCAAAUAUGUAAUCUCCCAAAAGCUUGGCUCCAGAUUCUGACUUUCCCUUGCUCGACCAUUUUAUCCCGAAGGGCGGGUUAUCACAUUCAAUCCCUUCCCCGAAGAACGUCAAGGAGGUUCAAAAGCAAACGGGAAGGAUGGCAGCCUUGAGCAGGUUCAUCUCCAGACUCUUCGACAAAUCUCACGCCUUUUUCGGAACUCUCAAGAAUCCGAAUGAUUUCCAGUGGACGGGAGAAUGCGAAUCCGCUCUCCAAGAGCUAAAAUCGUAUCUCACCACUCUUCCUCUCCUGUCCAAACCACUACUCGGUGAAGUCAUGCUGCUAUAUCUAGCGGUCUCCAAACACACCGUGAGCGCUGGUCUAAGUUGGCGAGGAGGAAAACAAGCAGCAACCAAUCUAUUAUGUAAGCAAGGUUCUCCUAGACGCGGAGACCCGCUAUACUCACCUAGAAAAGUUGACCUUAGCCAUGGUAGUCGCCGCUCGUAAGCUCCGACCCUACUUUCAGGCUCAUCCAAUCGUGGUUGUUACCUCCUUCCCUGUAAAGUUGGUCCUUCAUAAACCAGAAGUUUCCGCACGCCUAGCCAAAUGGACCGUGGAACUAGGGGAGUACGAUAUAAUAUUUCGACCCGCCACGGCAAUAAAGUCACAGGUCCUAGCAGACUUCAUGGCUGAAUUCUCCCCUACCUUGCUCCCAGCUCUGGAGCAGGAGGUACGCCUCCGAGGCGAAAGUAAAGGCGAGGGAGAAUGGAUCCUACACGUUGAUGGAUCCAGCAACGUCAGAGGAGAUGGAGUAGGGAUAGUGCUUACCUCGCCAACAGGGAACACAGCCUCAAGGGUAGUGAGGUGCAACUUCAAAGCAACCAACAACGAAAGCGAGUAUGAGGCCCUAAUCGCAGGCCUAACCCUCGCCCAUCAAAUGGGGGCAGAGAACAUCCAUGUCUUCGGCGACUCCCAGCUGAUAAUCAACCAGGUACAAGGGGAGUACCAAGCAAAAGACGACAGCAUGAUCCAGUAUAUGGCGGUCGCUCAGCGACUAAUCAAGAAGUUCAAGAGCUGCAAGCUCACUCAAAUCCCCUGGGAACAGAAUUCACAAGCCGACGCUAUGGGUAAUCUAGGGUCCGCUCUUGUAACGAAUAGCCAGGUGAGUAUCCCUUUGCUCGUGCUUCAAUGGCCAGUUACCAUGGAGGAAGCCCCGUCAGAGGAGGUCUCCGCCGUCGAAGAAGGCAAAACCUGGUUGACCCCCCUAAUCUGGUACCUGGAGGCCGACAUCCUCCCGGAAGACCGUAGCGAGGCUAGAAAGAUCAAAAAGCAAGCCGCGAGGUAUUGUAUCUCCCAGGAGAAGCUGUACUGGAGAUCUUUCUCUGGUCCGUAUCUGAGGUGCGUCCCACCCCGAGAGGACGCUAGAAUCCUUGUAGAACUACAUGAAGGAGAUUGUGGAUCCCACUCUAGCGGUUGAGCCUGGUGCUCAGAGCCAGAAGGGCCGAUUACUAUUGGCCCACGAUGGCCACCGACGCCGAUAGACAAGCCAAGCACUGCGACCAAUGCCAAAGGCACGCCCGGAGAACCUCAAGUCCUUAAGCUCACCAUGGCCCUUCAGAAAGUGGAGUAUGGAUAUAGUAGGGAAAUUUCCUAUGGCGCCGGGGCAGAAGGUCUUCCAAGUGGGUCGAAGCAGAAGCGCUCAGCCGCAAAACAGACCUCCAGAUCCGUAAGUUCUUGUGGACCAACAUAAUCACUCGCUUCGGCGUCCCCCACGAGAUCGUCACAGAAAAUGGACCCCAAUUCACGAGCCACAACUUCAAGGAGUUCUGCAAGGACUGGGGCAAAAAACAAACUUUCGCCACACCCCGAUAGCCCCAGUUUAACGGACCAGCGGAGUCCACGAACAAAACAGUGGUCAACAUGCUUGAAAAGCGACUGGAGGGCUCUCACGGGAAGUGGGCGGAGUAACUACACGGAGUCCUCUGGGCUUACCAGACCACUCCUAAAACAACAACAGGGGAAACCCUCUACUCGCUAGUCUACGGCUCUGAGACCAUUGUACCUACAGAGAUGCACAUAAGAACAACGGUCUCCAGAUCUACCUCUCAGGAGGAGAAUAACGAGCUGAUGGCGCUAAGCCUCGACCUGCUCGACGAGAAGAGAGAGGCCGCUCGACUGAGAAACUGGUCCUACCAGCAAGACGUCGCCAGGACGUACAACAAGAAAGUCAUAACAAGAACCUUCCAGUACGGAGACUGAGUUCUACGACGAGCAGAAAAAACAACGGGGAAACUCACCUGAGGGUGGGAAGGAACCUAUAAGGUCAUCGAGGUGCGGAGAGCAGGCGCCUACAGGCUGCAAGAUAGCAAAGGUAAAAUACAACCCAACUGCUGGAACGCCCUUUAGUUGGGUUGUAUUUUACCUUUGCUAUCUUGCAGCCUGUAGGCUCCUGCUCUCCGCACCUCGAUGACCUUAUAGGGUUCUUCCCACCCUGGGGUGAGUUUUUCCGUUGUUUUUUCUGCUCGUCGUAGAACCCAGUCCCCUUGCUGGAAGGUUCUGGUUCUGGUGCAUUUUCUUGUUUGAUUGAUGCAUGGCUGGUCGAGUCAACUUUUACUUAGACCAAAUCGGGGGUGUCACAUGAAUGCUAAUUGUUUCUACCGUGGCGGUGGUACUCUCUUGAGUCGGAAUGACUUCGUCAGAACAAGUGAAUUCGUUGUUGAGGAUGAAUUUUUUGUGUUGGGUUCCAUUUCACUCUGACAGAUCUUUGAUCGGGCUCUUGAAUUAGAUAUAUCUUUUUAUAUCUCUCCACAGAUGGCGCCAAAUUAUCAGAAACUUAAUAAAGAUAGAGUAAGGUUUAGAGAAACGGUUGGAAAGGUUUCUAUGAGUAGAUCUCUAAAAUAGUUUGCACGAACUGGACUGAUAUAUUAUUUAAAGUGAAUCCAAAAUACACAAAGAACAAAGCAAAAGAGAACUCUAUCUCUCAAGAAAGUCAAUCUCCCAAAAGAUAUUUGUAAACGAUCUUAGCUUUUCCUUUUAUGCUGGUCAGCUCCCCCCCCCCCCCAACUACUCUGUCUAUCUAGGGUGUAUGUGUCGUGCCUAACUCCUGAAAUCUUGGCAUGUUUCGUAACUGCUUGAGCACGAGAUGACUGGGUCUUUAGACGUUAUCUGUACAUUUAGAGCUCGCUACCUCAAGCUACGAGAUAUCUCUUUGGGCCGGAAUUUCCGGGCUUCGCCGUUCACUCCAUUGCGCUUUGGGCUUUUGUCGGACUGGAUAUAUUUAAUAAAUCCUGCUCCAGCACUAUGUAGCUACACAGGGACUCUUCCUUAUGUUGUAGGAUCUCAUCCAUAUCGUCAAUCGUUUCUCCAAGUAUGACUUCUUUCAAAUUUCUCAACAGAAAGAUUAGUUAGAGCUGCAAAUGAGUGAAUUGAGUCAUUGGGAAGGUUGAGUAACCAUUGGAAUUCAGGAAUCCAUAGCGCCUCUCCUGAUAGGCAGAGAGCUACGCUAAUAAGUUGUUCAAUCAGCGCAUUCACAACCUCAAAUAUGUUGGAGAAAACUACAUCUAGGUAGGCAGUCUCCACUGACUUCUUAAUUGUUGAUGCCUCCAGUCUCGUCAUCUUUACAUUCAGUAUGUUUCCGCAGUUUGCAUUUGGGAAUUUUUUUUUUAUCUAUGAUUUGUUCCAUGUUUCUUAUGGGAUUAAAGAGGAUGUUGUUCUCUGCUCCAGUGAGAGUAUUUGGGGUUUGCAUUUGUCAAAAUUGAUUUCGAAUUAUCCGCCAGUUUCUGCCGGUUGUAAUGUCUUAUGUUUUUAAUGGUUUUAGCUUUUUGUUUAGCUUAUUUUUGUCCAUUUAUAUUACAUUUAGAAGCGUAUAUUGCAUUUGCAUGUUUAUUUUCAUCUACAGAUAUUGGAGCGAUUCCUUUCGAAUUUUGCAGCAUUUUGAACAGAUGUAUGUCAAAUAACCGGAACAAGACACAACAAAGUAAGAUGGGAGAGAAUCAUACUAGAAUGAGCAGGAAUGGCACCCCAGCCGCUAGCAACAACGAAUUUUAGGAUUUAGAGACACAAAAAUGACAGUUUUUAUCCACUAAUAUCAUACAAGGAAACCAUUACAAUCGUGUUACACAGCUCUUACACUUCAUGGAUCAUAUCCGUUUAGUAUCGUCGAGUAUCUUUAAAAUGUCUUCUCCACAGUUCAUUGGAUCUUCGUAUACCUAGUUAAUAACAUUUAACUCACCAUUACAAUCUUCAGUUCAAUUAUCAAAUCAUGAACUAAUAUUUCAAAUUUCUAACAACUUGAACCGUAUUAACAUCUCAUCCAUCAACUUAGGACAUUACGUUAUAAAGAAUUGAAACUUUUUAUCUUUGUAUGUAGUUGCUUAAGCAAGGUCGUCCUUUUUUUUUUGUGCACAACUUAAGCAAGGUCGUCAAAUCAUUAAAGUUUAAAAGUAAAAAGAAAACUGAAAGGCAACAUCUUAGAGGGGAAGAAAAGUACCAAAUCCAAAUCGCUGCGUGGGGAGUACAACGUCAGAUUCUUAUUUGAAAACUUAAUCUUUUCUAUUUCUUUUACUAACAUACAAAUUGCAAUUACUUUUUUUCGUGACGGGAAUGCCAUACUAAAGAAUUUGUACAAUAAAACAAUAAUACUUUCAAUUUUUAAUCUGUGUCUGUGACAUCACUAAAACAAACAGCUUAAUUAUAAGGUUGGUUGAAAAAACUAGAGAUCAGUUUUACUCAAAAUUCUAGAGAUCAACUUUGUGGAAUUUAAAGAGAAGUAUAUUUUUAUCACACAAAUAUAAUAUUUUUGUUUUUAUACAAUAUUCCCGGACUAUAAGCGAGCUUUUCACAACUUGUAUUAUUCUCAAAUAUAGCCUUGCAUUCAAAUUCAGAUUCAACAGAAUAGUCAUCUAACAGAUGAGUAUAAAUGCAUUUCCUUAACGUCGAAACAAUUAUCUUUAUUCUUUUAAAAGGGAUACUAAGUGUAACUUUAGAGUAUACAAGAUUACAUUAUACAUAUAAAAGAAGUAAACAUAAAUGCUAUUUCUAAAUUCAAAGUCUGAUGCUGGAAAGCUGAAGGCAAAAAAUACAACAACUUUGGUUUGGCGGACUUUGCGAUCUUUAUUGCUCGACGGGAGAAAAGGAGAAUUAAAAAGCAAAACCACCGGUCCAAAGAUAAAGAAAUUACAAUAUUAAAACCAAAAUAAUUGAAAAUAAGGAAAUGAGAGUAGAAAAUUGAGUCAGACCAACAUCUCAUAACUUACUCGUUAAGUCAGCCUCUCUCUCAAAUCUUAAGUUGGGAUCGACUUGGACUCUCUUUCAGUUUCACUUUUGUUUUUCUAAAUAUACUUUUUUUAAAAAAAAUUUCUUAAUUCUUAAUCAUUGCUUAUGCAUUUUUCCAAUCAUAUUUCUUGUUUAAAAACGUAUUCCAUCCAGACAUUGUUAUCUCACAUGUUAUCUCGCAUGCGAUAUUGUAUGGACCAAGAAUUGUCUGAUUCCAAGAUGAUUUAUUCUUACAUUUAUGAUAUAUGUUCGAUUCAUAGCCUAGCCGUAUAUAUACGUUUUCUUUUCCACCUAUAUUUGUAUAAAAAAGGGUUUUUGGAUCUAUAAACUUUUUGCACGUAAAGAAUUUCGGUUACAUUUUUGUUGUACAUUUAUCUUUAAACAAGAAAAGUUAUUCCGACAUUAGUAUAUCUUUCACAUGCUAGAGAAAACAAAACUGAUCCCAUUAUAUCUUGUAUAUAUUUAUAUAUAUGCAUGCUUCAGAUAUGGGUCAAGUUUUUGGCACGGAUUAUCGAUGAUUCAAGAUUCGGAAGCAUGGCCCAACUUCUCAACUGAAUUGGACGAGCUGCAGAAGCUGAAGAGCAGAUUCUCAGAAUUCUCUAUUGUUUUUAUUUCUCGAUCUGAAAAUGUAUCGUCUGAUUUAUUAGCUAAGAUAGCGAGAUCCUUUCAUAGGAACAUGUAUUACAUUGGUUGUUCUAUUCCAUUUUAGUUCCCCAUACCGCCUCAAGCUUGAGUAAUAAAUCCACCGUUUGAUUCCAAAAUAAAAUAUAAAAAAAAAUACGGCGUACGCAGUCAUAUAUACGGUUCUUUACUGUUUGGAUGAUGUACGGUAAAUAUAAUUUUUAAAUUCUAUAGCCCAUUAUA